CAAGUUCUGCUAGUUUUGCUGGAUUUACUUCGUGACAAACAUUCCCCUACUGAACCAUGGCAGUCAGGUCCCUCGAUGAGCUCACCGUCGAGCACAUAUCGUCCACAGGCUUGCCGGCGAAUGAGGCGGAGAGGCUCCAUGGAGAGCUCACUGCAAUUCUGCGGAAGCAGGGGAAUUCCGGCCCAGCUGCUUGGAAAUUCCUCUCACGGCGUCUCCUGAACCCCGAUCUCCCCUUUGCCUUCCACCAGAUGAUCUACUACGGAUGUUACAAGGAGUUCGGAUCGGCUACUCCGCCCGCAUGGAUCCCGGAACUAGAGGAUGCUGUAUUGACGAACAUUGGACGAGUGCUGGAGCGUCAUGGAAAAGCUUUUCUUGGUCCUAGAUACAGGGAUCCCAUCUCAAACUUUUCUGAUUUUCAGGAGUUUUCUGUCACCAAUCCAGAGGUCUACUGGAAAUUGGUCUUUGAGGAGAUGAGAAUAUUUUUUUAUGAGCCACCAUCACAAAUUGUGAGGGAGCAUACUUCUUAUCCUGGAGGUCAAUGGUUACCCGGGGCUACUAUUAAUGCUGCUGCAAAUUGCUUGCAUGCAGAUGAUAAGAAAAGCCCAAAUGAUGUUGUCAUCAUAUGGAAAGAUGAGGAGUCUGAUUCUUUGCCUGUGCAAAAAAUGACCUUGAAGGAAUUACAGGCCGAAGUUUGGAUGGUUGCACAUGCUAUUGAUGCAUUGGGCCUAACAAAAGGGUCUUCAAUAGCAAUAGAUAUGCCGAUGACAGUGACUGCUGUUAUUAUCUACCUUGCCAUUGUUCUAGCAGGAUAUGUUGUGGUAUCUAUUGCAGAUAGUUUUGCACCCACUGAAAUUGCAACCAGGCUCAUAAUAUCAAAGGCACAAGCUAUCUUUACCCAGGAUUAUAUUAUUCGCGCUAAGAAAGAAUUGCCUCUCUAUCGGAAGGUCGUUGAUGCUAACGCUCCAUUAGCAGUUGUUAUUGCUACAAGUGGAUCCACCAUAAAGAGCAGCUUACGUGCUGGUGAUGUGUCUUGGCAUGAUUUCUUGGGGAGAGCUAAACAUUGCAAAGACAACGAGUAUUCUGCUGUGAAAAAAUCAAUUGAUGCAUUUAGCAAUAUUCUUUUCUCUUCUGGAACUACAGGGGAGCCCAAGGCGAUUCCCUGGACACAUGCAACGCCUUUGAAAGCUGCUGCAGAUGCUUGGUCACAUAUGGACAUUCGUAAAGGAGAUGUUGUUGCGUGGCCUACUAACCUUGGUUGGAUGAUGGGUCCCUGGUUGGUUUACGCCACUUUAUUAAACGGCUCUGCUAUGGCACUAUACAACGGUUCCCCUCUUGGGUUAGGAUUUGCAAAAUUUGUACAAGAUGCAAAAGUUACAAUGCUCGGCGUGGUUCCCAGUAUUGCUCGAUCUUGGAAAAAUACAAACUGCACUGCAGAUCUUGAUUGGUCCAACAUUCGAUGCUUUAGCUCCUCAGGGGAGGCAUCGAGUGUGGACGAGUAUUUGUGGCUGAUGGGAAGAGCUCAUUACAAGCCUGUUAUCGAGUACUGUGGGGGCACCGAAAUUGGAGGCGGAUUUGCCACUGGAUCUCUAUUACAGCCUCAAGCUUUAGCUGCUUUUAGCACUCCUGCAAUGGGAUGUACGUUAUUUAUACUUGACAGCAACGGGAUUCCUCUUCCACAAAGUAAACCUGGUAUCGGUGAACUUGCCCUUCAUCCCAAAAUGUUUGGGGCUUCUACAACUUUGCUAAAUGCCGAUCAUUAUGCUGUUUACUUUGAAGGAAUGCCACUCUGGAGAGAAACACCACUUCGUCGGCAUGGAGAUGAAUUCGAGCGCACAGUUAAUGGAUAUUAUCGGGCACAUGGCCGUGCUGAUGACACCAUGAAUCUGGGUGGUAUCAAGGUUAGCUCUGUGGAGAUUGAGAGGAUAUGUAAUGGAGUAGAUGAAGAAAUCCUUGAGACGGCUGCAAUUGGUGUGCCACCAGCUGGCGGCGGCCCUGAGCAGUUGUUCGUCGCUGUUGUCUUCAAAGUUGAGAAUUCAUCGGAGGAGAGCUUGGACCGGCUUAAAGUUUCCUUCAACUCUGCUUUGCAAAAGAAACUGAAUCCUCUAUUCAGAGUUUCUGUGGUGGUGGCUGUACCUUCACUUCCACGAACAGCUUCAAACAAAGUCAUGAGAAGAGUUCUUAGGCAGCAAUUCUUGAAGCGCUCCAAGUUCUAAUUUAAUUGUAUUACACUUCAUCUGUCUCAUUGCAGUUGUCGACUUUGCUGGAGGAAUAAAAGCCAUUGCAGGAACAAAAUCAUCAAAUUUAGAUGCUUAGAAGGGACAACCAUGGUCAAGCCUACCAAUUUAGGUGACUGGUUAGCCUAAAUAUGGCGGUUUUAUAUGUGAUGGGGAGUAAUCCACAUUCUCUUCUAUGUGGUGGAAAAGAAUGUUAGCAAUAAAGGCUAAAAGGAAAGUAGGGAUGGGGAUCUCAUUGUGAGUGGUGCACUUGUUGUCUUUAGUCACCUUUAAUUUAUGCAUAUUGAUAUGCAACCCAUUUCAAAAGAUUUGGUUGUCUUAAAUGUGUUGAACUCAAAACUCCAUCAUUUUGCUAUUUGCUUAAAGAGAAAUGCUCCACUUAAAAGAAUGAAAUGUC